AUGCCUGCAUAUGCCCCUGUCACUGCCUCCUCCUCCUCCUACUUUGUCAUUGUGGAGAUUGCUGACUCUAAGUCUGACUGUGUCUGGCUCCAAACCAUAGGCCAGAUCCCUUUCAACCUGUUGGGUGAGGAGCUAAUCAGUCAUUCUGCAGUGGCUGAGCUCAAGGCCAUGUUGCCAAGGAAGCCAGGGACUGGAGAUACACAAGAUGGAGGACUCUGUUUAUUAUCUUGUUGUGCAUUUAUCUUCAACAACAACAAAAAAAUCCUGGAAUUAAGUUUCAUCAGUAAUGAAUCAGGAAAUCAGCAGCUCCAGAAACUGAAGCGAUCGCUUUCUUUCAAAACGAAAAGUUUGCGGAGUAAGAGUGCAGACAACUUUUUCCAGAGGACAAACAGUGACAUGAAGUUGCAAGUAGAUUUACUAUCAGAAAUCAGUUCCAGAACAGGCCAGCUCCCAGAUUCUGAAAGCCAGUCCUCUACUCCAACCAAAGUCCAACCCCAACAAGAAAACAACAAGACUCAUAUUUUCCAGGAACACAUCUUCAAAAAACCCACUUUCUGUGACAUCUGCAACCACAUGAUUGUUGGGACAAACGCUAAACAUGGACUACGCUGUAAGGCAUGUAAGCUGAGCAUUCACCACAAAUGUGCAGAAAGCAUUGGACAGCAACGCUGCAUGGGAAAAUUGCCCAAAGGUUUUCGCCGUUAUUACAGCUCUCCACUCCUCAUUCAUGAGCAGUUUGGCUGCAUCAAAGAAGUUAUGCCUAUAGCAUGUGGCAAUAAAGUUGACCCUGUCUAUGAAACACUACGCUUUGGAACUUCCUUGGCCCAGAAGACCAAGAAAGGCAGCACAGGAAGUAGCUCGGAUUCACCAAAGAGGAAUUCUACAUCAGAUCUGGCAGAAGUUCCCGAGGAAGGUGACAGUCCAGGAAACAUGCUUGACAUAAACAGGAAACGCAGCAAUAGUGUGUUUACAUACUCAGUAAAUGGUACAGCAGACUUCAGAGAUGAACAGAAGAAAAUAAAUUCAAUACUACAGGGAUCUCUUAAUAAAGACACAGUACAGAUGAAUACCUAUGUUGCCUUGUACAAAUUUGUACCACAAGAGAAUGAAGACUUGGAAAUGAGGCCAGGAGAUAGGAUCACACUUCUGGAGGACUCAAACGAAGACUGGUGGAAGGGGAAAAUAGAAGAUCGAGUUGGGUUUUUUCCUGCUAACUUUGUUCAAAGAUUGCAAGAUGAAAAGGUUUUCAGAUGUAUAAGAACAUUCAUCGGGUGCAAGGAACAGGGACAAAUAACACUGAAAGAGAACCAAAUCUGUAUGACUUCAGAAGAGGAACAUGAUGGCUUUAUCAAAGUAUGCAGUGGGAAGAAAAAGGGAUUUGUUCCCAUCGACGUCUUAGAGAACAUCUGAUUUUCACCUGUGCAAUCACUGCAGUAGUGAUGCUUUGCUGAAAUAAGGCCUGUCUGCCUCAUCUUGCACUGUGUCGACCCAAACAAGCUGUCUUGCCAGUGACUUGGAAAAUCCUGACACAACCACAAGGAUCAGUGAUAUCAGACAUCUACCUUCCUCUCAGACAACAGAAGAUGAGUGAUCUACAACACCUUGCUCUCACUGGAAAAGAACUAAGCAAGGGUAGUAUGAUUCUUAGGGGAGGGAUGGAUUCCUUUUGUUUUUACAAGACAGGCAGAACAUUAAACUGGAUGAUUUUUCUGAGUCAGGCUGCUAACUGUUAUCCUGACAGAAACAAACAGCUAAUCCGGAAAUUUGUAUCCUUUUCACAUGUCUUAAGAAAACUGUUUGGGACUUCUUUCUCAUUUGAAGUGUGAUUGAAAAGGCAAGGAUUCUGACCUUUUCCUUGUACUUCUGCUGCUUGAUGCUUGAAAUAUAUAGUGUGAGUCUGGUCUUUAAAAUGUUGUCAACAGUAUUAGCGAAUCAGCAUAAUGUUUGGUUCUGAUUUUUAAAGUUUUGUGACAAAGCAGUUUGGGUGAACUGUACUGAGAUCACUUUGAGAAAAAUACUACAGCCCCUGGACUAAUUUCUUUGUGAUGUUUGAUUUUUGUUACCAUGGCGAGCUUGUACGUCCUUUGGAUUCCUUGUACACAAGCAAAGAUUUUAGCACAUAUUGGAUGUAAAUGCUAUUAAAACAGCUGAUGAACAAGCACUGUUUCUCUAGUACAGGUGCAGUUGAAAGUCCCUACCUGAUCCCUACCAAAAGAAGAAAACUACCCGAAGCAAGGAGCUGGAUUGCAGACAUGCUAAAGAAAUUUUCUAUUUUUCUGAUAUUGUUUGAGCAUAUUUUAUAUAUGUGUGUAUGUGUAGCAUGGUCCUGUUUAUAUGACAACCCAGUUCUUUUUCAUACUGGGGUGGGGCGGGGCAUCCUACUGAUGAAAAACAUUGACUGGAAGCAAAACAUAUUGAGCUAGCAUGUUUAUGAAUGAAUGCAACGACAUUCAAAUGUUUGGCAGGUUUAGUUAUUUGUGGGGAAACCAGCCACAGAGCUAAGCAUGCUAAAGCCUAUUGCCUUCAGUAGUCUGAAGUCUCCCUGGGUUAUGUUAAUUGCUACUGGUAGAAACUGCAGCUGUAACACUAGAAUGUCAUCCCCACUGUGAUAGUCUAUUUGAAACCCAAGAUAAUAGACACUCCAAGAUCCAGUUAGGCUUAAGUGACAGUUCUUGUUUCAUUUUCUCCAUCAGGGGGACAGUGAGGUUUUUCAGGAUCUGUUGUCGUAAAACAAGGACAAUAUGGAAUGUGAGGCCUUCCAGAUGUUGAACUACAUCUCCCAUCAGUUCCCACCAGUGGAUAUAGUUUUACACACUGGUGGGAGUUGCAGUCCAACAAUAACUGGAGACCCAUAUGUUCUGCUAUAAAUGCUUGUUAGGAGCACUCCACUGUAGGGACAGAAACAGCAACAAGCAAUUCACCGAUUGCCAGAUGCUCUCUAUUUUAAGAAGGUUUCAGAUCCUAUCUCUUUAAUUGUCCAACUGUUUCUUUUAUGUAAUAGAACAAAAUGAGUGGAAAUGAGUGGAAUAAAGUUAUAUUUGUUUGCAAGUCUUGGGUCCCAUCUCAAGAGAAAAGCAGGACAUAAAUUAAAUAAAUAAAUCAACAAUGCCCCUUUUCUGCAGAUUGACAGAAUCAGUCUCCUACAUGUAACAGCUCAGGAGAAAAUAAAGUGGGACCCCUAUCACACUGCAAUUCUUUGGCAUGCCACCAAGCCAAAAGCAGUUUUGUUGUAUUAAGUAGAUAAAUAAUCAGGAGGAGAAAGAUAGCACAUGGCCGUACCCUAAUCCCUCCUCUGUCUUCACCUCUUGCCUUGCACUCCAAUCUGUGGCUGAAUCCCAGUGUGCUUUUGCUACCAGAAAUGGUGCAGUUGGGAAGUUUCAAGCCCAUAAUUUCUAUUAGCAAAGGGCUGUUCUGUCUACCACAUAUUCACUUCUUUAGCUUUUAAACCUGCAGCUACUUUUGCCGACACAGAAAAUGUUGGCUGUCUGCCUACCUGCCUGACCAGAACCAACAGGGACUGUUUGUAGGGUGACAGGUCUGGUUUGAUUAGCCUGAAGAACUUUGCUUCUCUUUAGUUACUAUAUGAGGUGACAUUGGAUAAUGCAAACCACCGUUCCAUUCCUUUACUAACUCUUGGACAUAUAAAUAAAGCUACACCUGAAAGAAAGAAAAAUAAGUUUCAUAUCUUAGAAGUUUUUGUUGUAUACCUUUUUUAGUAGAAAACAGGUUUUAGAAAUAUUUUUGCAGUUCAGUUCAUUUUGCAAGGGAUAGCCAAGCAACAUGGCAUAGAAAAUCAGAUUCAUUACGACAAAGCAGAAGAACAGCAACAUCAGCCCAGCAUGCAUUAUGCCAUUGCUAUAUUGGUAAUGCAAUGAUUUAAGAUGAAGGAUCCUGAAAUGUCUUUUGGAAAAUGAAAACAGUACUAUGGUUAGCAUUUUUUGUUCUUCAAAAACUAGAUAAAAGCAUCCAUCCAUCCAUCUGUGCUACUGUUUACUUGAAUGCAACAUACUGUGAUUCUGUCCUAUUUCAGUUGCUUCUGUUAUUUCAGUUUAUCCUUCAGUCCUGCCUCUUAGGAUCAAGAUGGAUAUUAAUUUCAAUUCACAAUGGCCUUUAAUCAAUGUCUCAUUUCUUUUGAUACUAAGCAAUAAAACAAUAAAGUGAUUUUUAAAAGA